AAGAAAAAAAUUAUACGAGUAUUAAAACAUUUCUCUUUCUCCUUCCAUCGCCAUUGUCAUCGGCUUCCGAAGGUAGACGACGAAAAACCCUAAAAGCUUCUCAACUCAAAUUAACGCUCAAAUUUCACUAAAAUCAGUCAACAAAUCCAGAAAUUGCAUGUUAAUCCCCUCAAAUUCGCAACAAUUUCCUUCAUUCUGACAGAAUGGGAGCUAGUCGAAAGUUACAAGGUGAAAUCGAUCGAGUUUUGAAGAAGGUUCAAGAAGGUGUCGACGUUUUCGACAGUAUAUGGAACAAGGUUUACGACACUGAUAAUGCGAAUCAGAAAGAAAAGUUUGAAGCUGAUUUGAAGAAGGAAAUUAAGAAAUUGCAGAGAUAUAGAGAUCAAAUCAAAACAUGGAUACAAUCUAGUGAAAUUAAGGAUAAAAAGGUUAGUGCAUCUUAUGAGCAGGCUUUGGUGGAUGCUCGGAAGCUUAUUGAACGUGAAAUGGAACGGUUUAAAAUAUGUGAGAAGGAGACCAAGACGAAAGCAUUUUCAAAAGAAGGCCUUGGCCAACAACCUAAAACUGACCCUAAGGAGAAAGCAAAAUCAGAGACAAGAGAUUGGUUGAACAAUGUGGUAGGAGAGUUAGAGUCUCAAAUUGAUAAUUUUGAGGCUGAGAUGGAGGGCUUAUCUGUUAAGAAAGGAAAGACAAGACCCCCUAGACUGACACACUUGGAGACUUCCAUAGCUCGUCACAAGGCUCAUAUAAUGAAAUUAGAAUUGAUAUUGCGAUUGUUAGAUAAUGAUGAAUUGAGUGCUGAACAUGUAAAUGAUGUGAAGGACUUUCUUGAAGAUUAUGUGGAACGUAAUCAGGAAGAUUUUGAUGAAUUUAGUGAUGUUGAUGAGUUCUACAGCACCUUACCAUUAGACAAAGUAGAAGCUCUUGAAGAUCUUGUGACAAUGGGCCAACCCGGACUUGCUAAGGGCAUGAAGUCACAGGCUGGUGGUGCUACCAGUUCAGUUCUAAGUUUAAAGACAUCAUCGAGUACAUCAUCUUCUUUGGCGUCGGCGACAGUUACAUCCCCUCAACUGAGUGUUCCCAUCCAGGAGCAAGAUGAAACAAAUUCUCAGGAUAGUAGUUCUGAUACCGUCCCAAGAACUCCGCCUUCUAAGACUAGCAUACUCAGUUCUUCAAAUCCAUCAAGUCUACCUGCAAGUCAGACUGCUUUAGCAAACCCUUCUACUCAUCUUUCUUCGUCGCCAACUGCUUCAGCUUCUGUUCCUGGCUCAGGCUCCAUGCGAGGCGUUCUGGAAGGUGCUAUUCCUUCUUCUCCUCUGAAUCUUCCAAAUGUUGCCAAAGAAGAGGAUGCAGUGAACUUCCCUGUACGAAGAUCAUCACCUGCUCUCACAGAUACUGCAGCACUUACUCGGGGUAUAGGUCGGGGUACCAUACCUAGCCAACCUCCUGUUAGCGUCCCUCUUAGCUCUGUUGGUACAGUUCCUAGCAGCAGCAUGACACUUGGUGCAGUUCCUUUGGCAUCGGAAUUAGCAAAGAGAAAUAUUCUAGGAUCAGAUGAAAGGCUAGCAAAUAGUGUUGUUGCUGGUAGACAAUUUUCUUCAUCAGUGGUCCCUGGUAUGCAGUGGAGGCCUGGAAGUUCUUUCCAGAGUCAGAAUGAAGUGUUCCGUGGAAGAACUGAAAUUGCUCCGGAUCAAAGGGAGAAGUUUUUGGAAAAGUUGCACCAAGUGCAGCAGCAAGGUCCCAGCAAUAUUCUUGGAAUGCCAAGUCUUGCAGGCGGAAAUUCUAAACCAUUCUCGGGGCAGCAGCAAAAUCCACUAAUGCAACAGUUAAGCUCUCAAAGCUUGUCUAUUUCCUCUCAAGUCGGGCUUGGGCUAGGAUUGCAAUCUCCUGGCUUAAGCACUGGUUCCUCUACGCCUAUGCAACAACAAUCAAUUUCUAUUCAUCAGCAGGCUGUCCAGCGAGGAUCUUCUAUAGUUUCUCCAAAAGAUUCAGAUGAUGGCCUUGCAGUGAUCGAGGAUCAGCAACAACAGAACUUAUCUGAGGAUUCGGCUGUUGAGAUAGCUCCUGGUUCUGGGAUCUCCAAAAAUCUGAUGAAUGAUGAUGAGUUUAAAGCUUCUUAUGUGAAGGAUGUCUCAAGUGGAAGUGCAUCUGGUCCAAUGGCAGAGUCAGCCCAACUGACAAGAGAUGCAGAUUUUUCUCCUGGCCAACCUUUGCAAUCAAGUCAACCACCUGGUAGCCUUGGAGUUAUAGGUCGGAGAAGUGUCUCAGACCUCGGGGCCGUUGGUGAUAGCAUUGGCGGAGCAGCUAACUCUGGGGGAAUGCAUGAUCAUUUGUACAAUCUGCAGAUGCUUGAAGCUGCAUUCUCCAAACGUCCUUCUUCCCAUGACUCAGAACGUGCAAAGAGCUAUACACCUAGACACCCUACAGUAACUCCUUCAAGCUACCCACAAGCGCAGGCACCAAUUGUCAAUAAUCCUGCUUUCUGGGAACGACUGGGUCUUGAUACCUUGGGGACCGAUACCUUAUUUUUUGCAUUCUAUCAUCAACCGAAUACAUAUCAACAAUAUUUGGCUGCAAAAGAGUUAAAAAAACAAUCAUGGAGAUACCAUAGGAAAUACAACACUUGGUUUCAGAGGCAUGAAGAACCAAAGAUUGCCACUGAUGAAUUUGAAAAGGGGACUUAUGUCUACUUUGAUUUUCAUGUUUCCAAUGAAGACCCAAAUCAAGGAUGGUGCCAAAGAAUCAAGGCGGACUUUACUUUUGAGUAUGGCUUCUUAGAGGAUGAACUAAUUGUAUAGAUGUAUAGGCAAUUGUUGAGUCUCAAGUUCUGUCAGUCUCUAACCCAAAAUUUAGGGUUUUUACUUUGAUGACUAAGUUAAUGCUUGCUUCAUUCUAAUAUGAACUUCUUUGGAGUGCCAGUCA